AUGUGGCGGAUGAGGCUACACUCAGCACUUCGUACCGUAUUAGCAUAUAGUAUAAUUGGCUGUUCCACUCUUUAUGGACCACCUUGGUUACAAAAACUAGCAGCAUUUCCAGCAUUUUCAUACGUAACAGCCACUCUCAUUACAAGUGACUCAACGCUAGGUGACACAUUGAGUGGCUGUUGGCAUGCAAUAUUCGCCACGGUUCAAACCAUGCCGCUUUCCAUGCUUUGCAUAUGGAUAGGAGCCAAAGCCAAUGGGUCCGAUAGCUUGUCGCCCGUGGCGUCUGCCUUGGCAUUGGUGGUAUGUUCGUUGUUGGUGGCUCUAAUAGAAUAUACACAUAUUAGGUGCAAAAAGGUUGCUUUUGGGCAGUUAGUGCUUGUGUUUGCUGAUGGUGUUAUUCGUGGAGUGCAUACGAGUGCUGUUGUUCACCCUCUUCGUGUUGCAUAUAGCACAGUCCUUGGAAUUGUUGCUUCUCUUCUUGCUUUAUCGCUUCCUUAUCCAAGACUAGCUUACUUUGAGGUCAGGAAGCUACACCAAUUAUAUGCUGAAAACUUAAAAGAGAGAGUGGAAGUAUAUUCAAGGGCAAUCACUUCCCAAGACAAUGUCAUUGCAGUUGAACUAUUGUCCAAAGCCAAUCACCUUGCUCAAACAGGAGCCAAGCUUCUCCAAACCAUCAAACUUUUGAAGGGCGGUCUAAUGUGGGAAACGCCUUGGAUCAGAUUCUUCAAAUCUUGUUCCGAAGUUCCAGGAGACAAUGAAAUCCAAAACAAGGAAAUAACUAUAAGAGGAAUGGAAAUCGGCCUAACUUCAUGUCCUUCAUUUUCCACUGGCCUGGUGAACGAAGAGUUAAAGCACGCAUUACAACUCAUAUCUGAGCAAAUUGGUCUUAAAUCAGAGCAGUCUACUCAUCAAGAAACAAAAGGAUCAGACUUUGCCAACGAAUCCCAUUUUCUUCAUAAUGCCACCAAAUCUCCAACACAAACAAGCCUGCCUGCAUUUUUCUUUUUAUCUUGUGCAAAAAUGCAGCUCACUAAUUCACCCCUAUCACAUAACCAUGAUUCAAAAAGAGUCUGCCAUAACAUCUGGAUGAAAAUUAUACCAAGAAAAGAAACAUUGGUGUUUGCAUUUAAGUGUUCUGUUUCUUUAGGCCUAGCUAUGUGGCUAGGUCUAUUAUUUGACAAAGAAAAUGGUUUUUGGGCAGGCUUAACAGUAGCCAGUUGCUUAGCACAAGGCAAAGUAGCAACAUUUAAUCUUGCUAAUUCAUCGGCACAAGGAAUUGCAUUUGGAUCAAUCUAUGGAAUCUUAGGGUGUUCUGUUUUCAAAAGUAUCGAUAACUUAAGAUUCUUAGCCCUUCUCCCUUGGAUUAUUUUCAGUAGUUUCUUAAAACAUAGCCGGAUGUAUGGCCAAGCAGGAGGUAUAUCAGCACUAUUGGGCGCGGUCAUGAUCUUAGGACGACAAAAUUAUGGCCCUGCUAAUAAUUUUGCCAUCAUAAGACUAACAGAAACUUUUAUUGGAUUGUCUUGUUUCAUUGUGGUACAGUUUUUGUUGAGCCCGAAACGAGCAGCCAAUCUUGCUAGGAAUCAAUUGUAUUGCACACUGGAUAUUCUCAAGGAGUGCAUGAACCAAAUAGUGCAAAAAGACCAGCAAAAAUUGGAGGGAUUAAUGGGAAAACAGAGGAAAUUAAAAUCCCAUAUUUUGGACUUGCAAAGACUUUGUCACAAUGCACAAAUAGAGCCUGAUUUUUGGUUUCUUCCUUUUAAUGCAACAUGCUACAAGAAGCUACAAGGUUCUCUUUCAAAAAUGGCCACUUUAUUUUACUUCAUGGUCUACAAUAUCAACAGCAUGUCACAUGAUUGCAAAGAGGUCCAAGAAUGUAUAAAUGAUGAAUUGGAGCAUUUGAAGGAAACUGCGAUUUCGUCGUUAAGUACAUUUCUUGAUAAGCCUAGUUUGAUUAAGUUGUUCCCAGAUGAUGAUCAAGAGGAUAAAAUAGUUAAUGAUCUUGAAGAGGCGAAAUCAACAUACCCAAACUUAAGUAUUUUGGUUAAACAAAGUGAUCAAAAAGCAGAAAGAGGAUUAAGUUUUUUCCUUGAGAGAUCACAAGAGUUGAUUGAUGGAAUAUUGAGUAGCCAAGAGAAACAGAAGUUAAAAGGAAAGUCAAUUCUUUCAGUACAUGCUCUGGGAUUUUGUAUAAGCAGCAUGUUGAAAGAGAUCAAAGAUAUUAAAAUGGCUAUGAAGGAGUUGUCACUGUGGGAAAGUUCUUGA